AUGCUCCCAGCUUCCCCCGCAGUCGUCAACAAUCAACUCUCACACAACUUUUUCCCAUUCUCUAGGAUUUGCCAACUACGCGCUAUCAUGACUUCAAACUCAGAGAAAACAACGGAGUCGUCAUCGACAGAAACAUUCACUAUCCACUAUUUUGCGACCGCAUCCCAAUACACCUCCAAGAACACCGAGCGUCUCCCCGCACCCCUACCUUUGUCCGAGCUGUUCCCGCUGCUGGAGGAACGAUACCCGGGAAUUCACAAGAAGGUACUGGGUAGCUGUAGCGUCAGUCUUGAAAGUGACUAUGUCGAUGUCGUGGAAGACGCCCAGAAGGUGAUACAGGUUGGGGAUGAGGUUGCGAUCAUCCCGCCUGUCAGCUCGGGAUAG